CCCAGCAGCUGCCCGGUCCGGAACCCUUUGCGCGCCAGAGCGCUUGGUGGGCACCCUGGGAGGGGCGCCAGAGGCGGGCGUCGAAGCGACUCCGAGCUGAGGCGAGAGCAGCGCCCCCCGCCCGUGCCGUCCCAUGAGCGCGGCGCCUCCCAAUGGGGGGCAGCGCGGCGCUGACCCCAAGCUGGACCGAACGAAGUCGGGCGGAGGAGAGCUGCUGCGCCUCUUGGCGGAGCUGAAGCCGCCCUCCUUCCUCCUCCGAGAUCUCGGCUCCUACGCGGCGCGGGUGCUGCUCUACCUGGCGCCGGUGUACCUGGCCGGCUACCUGGGACUCAGCACCAGCUGGGUGCUGAUAGGCUUGCUGCUCUGGAUCUGGUGGCGGAGGAACCGGCGAGGGAAGCAGUCCCGCCUGCUGGCCGCCUUCGGACUGCUGGAGGAUGAGAAGCACUCCAUCAGCCAGGGCAUUGCCCUGCAGCAGCUGCCUGCCUGGGUUCACUUCCCUGAUGUUGAACGGGUAGAAUGGCUGAACAAGGUUCUUGAACAGGCCUGGCCAUAUUUUGGAGCCAUUAUUGAAAAAACAUUUAAAGAUAUUGUUGAACCAAAAAUCAGAUCAAAGAAUGUUCAUCUGAAAACGUGUACAUUCACCAAAGUCCAUAUUGGAGACAAGUGUCCUAAAAUCAAAGGAGUAAAGGCCUAUACCAAGGAAAUUGAUAGAAGACAAGUGAUUCUGGACUUGCAAAUAUGUUAUAUAGGGGACUGUGAAAUUAACAUGGAAUUGUCAAAGUUCAGAGUAGGAGUGAAAGGAAUACAGCUGUAUGGAACGUUACGAGUGAUACUAGAGCCCCUUAUGGCUGAUGUCCCUUUCUUUGGAGCUGUAACCAUGUUUUUCAUUCAGAAACCUCAUUUGGAAAUCAACUGGGCAGGACUGACGAACCUGUUAGAUGCUCCAGGCAUUAGUGUAUUAUCUGAUUCCUUAAUCCAAGAUCUCAUAGCUUCCCGGUUGGUGUUGCCGAACAGAAUCACUAUCCCACUGAAAAAGAAUAUUAAUGUGGCUAGCUUGCGGUUCCCUAUUCCAUACGGAGUAGUAAAAGUGCACCUACUAGAAGCUGAGAAACUUGUCCAAAAAGAUCACUUUCUUGGGGCAAUCCGCGGAAAGUCGGACCCAUACGCCAUUCUUCGGGUUGGCUUGGUGCAGUUCCGAAGCAAGACCAUUCAAAGAAACCUGAAUCCCAUCUGGAAUGAAACCUUUGAGUUUGUUGUCCAUGAAGUGCCUGGUCAAGAUCUGGAGGUAGACUUGUAUGACGAAGACCCAGAUAAAGAUGACUUCCUGGGCAGCUUGCUCAUAAACCUUGCAGAUGUGAUGAAAGACAGAGUUGUUGAUGAGUGGUUCCCCUUGAGCAAGAUAGCAAGUGGGCACGUGCAUUUAAAGCUCGAGUGGUUUUCUUUGGUGACUGAUCAAGAGAAACUCUGUGAGGACAAGAAUGGUAUUGCCACAGCAAUUCUUGUAGUGUAUUUGGAUUGUGCUUUCAAUCUCCCUAAAAAUCAAUUUGAAUAUUCUAAUGGUGAAUAUGGAGCGAAGAAAUAUAGAACCCCCCGGUACCUCAAGAAGUUGGAACGAGAACCUUCCUCCUUUGUCCUGCUCACAGUGGGAAACAAAACUCAGAAAAGUAAGACUUGCAAUUUCACUAAGGAUCCUGUGUGGGGCCAGGCAUUCACGUUCCUUGUCCACAGUGCUCCAUCUGAGUCGCUUCAUCUGGAGAUAAAAGAUAAGGAUCGGGAGAAUGCUCUGGGGACCUUGGUGUUUUCUCUUGCCAAUUUGCUAAGAAAUCCUGAGAUGACACAUGAGCAAAAAUUUCAACUGGAUCAUUCUGGCUUGGAUAGUUUUAUUAAGCUGAAACUUGUGUUGAGGGCUUUAAGUCUAGAGCAACCUGAUGCAGAAAACAUGUAUGUUGGAGUUAAUGCCUUAAAGCAAGUUCCUAUCCCUGCGACAGAGGAAGAGGGAAAUGAAGGCAAGAUUCAGCCGCCGCCGCCACCUCCACCUCCUCCACCACCACCUCUUCCAUCAAAACCAGAAGUGCCCAAAGCACCCCAAGAGAGCAAAGACUUAAGCGUGCCUGAAUCGACACAGGAGAUCAGUGCUAACCUUAACAUAACUGAGAAUCAACCUGUUGUGAUAGAGGCUGUGGCGGCAAUUAAUGAACAAGCACGCCCACGGGGUUUGGAAUCCAGAUCCUUGGCACCUCCACAGCCCAUUCUAGCAGCCCCGAUGUUACCAGCCCUGCAAAGGCUCCAGCUUGCCCCUAGCAUGGCAUCUCUGGGCUCCCUUGCUUCUUCAAGCUUUGAUGUAACUUGCAGCAAUCUGGACCUUUUCUAUAACAGAACACAUCUUGCUGGAGUGUCCAUGGGAGAAAUUCACCUCACUGUACGCUAUGCUUCCAUAAGGCAGUCUCUCAUUGUUCUUGUCAAUGGAUGCAGGAAGUUAAUGCCAUGCUCCCAGCAUGGGGCACAUCCCUAUGUCCGUAUCUACUUGCUCCCAGACAAAAGAUGGGCAAUGCGAAAGAGGACAGCUGUCAAGAGAAGAACAUUGAGUCCCCAAUAUGAUGAAAAGUUUGAAUUUUUUGAAACUUUGGAAGAUGUUAAGAAAAGAGCCUUAGAUAUUGCAGUAAAAAACAGAAGGCCAUUUCUUUCACGUGAAAGAAAGGAACUUGGAAAGGUGCUGAUAGACUUGUCAAAGGAGGACUUGGUCAAGGGCUUCUCACAAUGGUACGAACUGACAAUAAAUGGACUUCCCCAAAGCUAGUACUUGGCACCUGCCAAACAAGUGUACAUAUGUAUAAACUUCAGAACUAAAUAAUGUGAACCUGUAUGUAGAUUUUUAUGUAUUUUUAGUAUUUAAAUUAUUUGGGAAGACACUGGAAAAGAUGUAGAUAUUCUAUACAGUAAUCUCUUUUCUCAGGCUUGUUUUUUACUCUUAAUCUUAAGGGUUUUCUGCACAUGUAACUUACUCUUGCUUUUCUUAUCAGCAUCAGAAUCACAUUGAGUCUGGGAGUUCCACAUGUCUCCCUCCCUUCAUGUUUUUCCGGUUGCUAUCAGUUUAUUUUCUUACAGACAUGCCUUAAAAAAAAAACACCAGGAUUUUUGACUGAAGGUGCUGUCGUUAUCUGUAGAGUCAUGGUGCCAACACCUCCACAGUGCAUAUGCAACCCAAAGGGGUGCUUGAUAUCUGAACACUGCCAUAGCAUCCCUGUGGAAAAUGCCUUCCAUUCAAAGGUUCACCUCAAUAUUUGGAUGUUUGGAGACGCAAACUGUUUUUUUAAAGUUUUUCUGCCAACAAAGAAAAAACAGUCAAUUUCUCCCAUGCAGCCUUAGUCAUAUAAGUGUCUCUCAUAGGCCAAAAACAAUGAAGUAGGCCAGCAAUAGUCCCCACCAGGAAUCAGAAGUGGUAAGAAAUACCCCCAAGCUCCAUCAAAAAUCAAAUCCCCCCCAAAAAAACAUAGUAAAGGUGGGGGGGGAUUGCUUGGAUAUCAAGGCGCAGGAACAUCUUACAGUAAUAUCACUUUCAGGGAGCUUUUUUAUUUAAAAAAAAUCCCUUCUUUCUGUGGGGGAAAGGGGGAGGUCAGGGCACAUUGAGAGAGCCCAACAGAAAGGCAAAGAGUGAUGCUCGAGUGGCCAGAAAGAGCAGUGAGUGCUGUGCCUUCUGAAAGUUUAAGGAAGUAAACGGCACUAAUUGUUAAAAAGCAAAAAGGAAGAGCAAUGAGUGCUCCUAUGCCUGCUAUCAGUUAAGUGUUUUUUUUAAAAAAAAUACUUAAAAGUCUGCUGACGGAAGAGAUAAAAAUUCCUCAUUACAGAGGUGAGGGACAACACAGGACAGUGUUACCCCACAGUCACUGGCAGGUGUGCAGGACCCACAAAAGCACAGGAAACAUUUUACAUGUGCAGAAACAUGACUCCAGUUCAAUUGCUAGAAAAAGAUCAGGGCAAAAGUGGUCCAGGAACAAUGUGAAGUGAAAACUAACGGCUCCAGAGAAAGUAAGGGGAUAAGCCAAAGUAGUGAGGGGCCAGAACCAGUGCAGUAAUGCUGUGUGGAGAACCCCUUAGGUUAACUUCAAUGAAAACAGAAAACAAGUAUAUUUUUUAAAAAAGCUUCCAUAUUUAUUAAUAUCCUCAUACCUACAGACUGCAGGAAUCAUCUCUAGGGUUUCAGUCUAGUAAUAUUCCAAAACACUACUCAUGCAGGGGACGUGACACUCUUUUUCAAGCGUGCCAUGCUCAAGAGUGAUCCAAAAUCACCUUUGAUUAUAUUAUUUGUGAUCAAGAAACCUCAGGAACUUUCUUGUAAUGUCCAGUUGGAUACAUAUUAACAGAAAAGAUGUGUAUUGUAAGUUUUCCUAAGAUAAACUAUUUCACUAGCCAGGAUCAAACACCCACGGAAUCCUCCCUCCACCCCAAUGCACAACUGGAAAGGACUUUCACAGGAGGGUGAGUGGUACUCACUUCCAGGAGUAUACCCUCAUACCAAGCUGAAGGACUCCUGACAUUUAGGGAAAGUUUUAACAGUGCAAGUGGAAAGGGUGAGAGCAUAGAAAACUAAUACAUAUGCAGCCCCCUGGAGCCUGACUGUUACCUUAAGACUUACAACCAAAGCACUUUUGGGACCCAUUUUUAUGCUUCUCAUGUCAUUGUCAGACUGCAGUUUUGAAACUGCUUGUUUUUUAACAAAUAAACAAUUUAAAAUUA